AUGAAGCCCGGCGACAAGCUGUUCGGAAAGAUCGACCCGGCGAUACGGAACUGUAAACUCGGCGUGGCGAUCUUUUCGCCGAAUUACUGCGACUCGUACUUUUGCCUGCACGAGCUCGCGUUGUUGAUGGAGAGCAAGAAGAGGGUUAUACCGAUAUUUUGCGACGUGAAGCCGUCUCAGCUUCAGGUUGUCGAUUACGGGACUCACUCGCCUGAGCAACUGCAGAGGUUUAGUUUGGCUCUUGAGGAGGCUAAAUACACCGUCGGACUUGCAUUUGAUACUUUAGAAGGGGACUGGUCGAGUUUCUUGAACACUGCAACCGAUGCUGUUAUCAAGAACUUGGUGGAACUGGAAGCUCUGAAGUCAAGCAAAAACACUACAUAUAUCGUGCAAGGUCGUCAACAAGAACCGCGACAACAUUUUUAA